AUGCGCAUUGUAAUAAAUGAAGAUCAUUUGCAUAAAGUUAUCGAAACUAAACUAGAUACUGCUGUUUCUAUAAUAAACAAUCAUGUUACGUCUAUGAACGUUCAAUUGGCAAAGGUUAAGACUGUCGAAGAUGGAGGAAUUCUAUUGGUUGCUGUAAUCACUCUGAUACUGAAAAAAUUUAAAAAACUAGUUCAAGAAAAAAUGGCUGACUCCUAUGAUGUUAAAGAAAUUGCUGGCGUACAUCCUCGACUGCAAGUGGUAGGUAUGGCGGGAGAACGACUUGGAAAGAAUAAAAUUAUUAAACUGGGUAUUUCCAUAUAA